AUGUCGGCAACAAUGGUCGCUACCGUCGCGCAACCAUCUAUCAGUAUCAAAGGCAGCGCCGCCGACAGCUCCCACUGCCCGAGCUGCGGCUCCGAUGUGCCGUUGCUGCUGCCGCCGCCGCCCGAGGAUCUUGCCGCUGCGCAGGCACGCAUAGCCGAGCUCGAGGGCGAGGUGCGCGCCCUCAACGACAAGGCCGCCAUGGCCAUCAACCGCUGGGCCGAGUACGAGGUCGAGCUGGCCCGCCUGCGAUCCUCGCCGCCGCGCCGCGGCCCAACAUCAGCAGCACAGAGCCCGACGACGCGCAGCAGCCCCUCGUCCUACCUGCAACAGAGCACCGAGCGCAUCUCGGCGCUGCUCUACUCACGCAAACCGUCCACCUCGAGCCUGCGCGGGGGCCAGCCGCCGCCUACGCUCCAGACGACCAUGUCGGGCGGCGGCGGCGGCGGCGAUUCGCUGCUGGCCACGCCCACAACGCCGACCGUCGCGCAACACAUGACGGAGGACCUCCUUGAGGCGCUCACCCGCGAGCAGGGCCUGCGCCAGGAAGCCGAGGGCCGCCUCAGCGCCACGAGCAAGGAAAUGGAGGAGCUGAGCGUGGCGCUGUUUGAGCAGGCAAACGAAAUGGUGGCGGACGAGCGCCGCGCGCGCGCCAAGCUCGAGGAGCGCGUGGGAGAGCUGGAGAAGCGGGAUGCGGAUAAGAAGAGGCGGCUUGAUCGGCUGGAGAGCGCGAUAAACCGCAUCGAGCGUGUCAAGAGCCUCCUUCAAGAAUGA